CCGAGGUCGCCGGCCCCAACCGCGCGAUGGGCUCCGAGGCGGCCCAGCUGUUGGAGGCGGCUGACUUCGCGGCUCGGAAGCACCAAUGGCAGCGGCGGAAGGACCCCGAAGGGACCCCCUACAUCAAUCACCCUAUCGGUGUGGCUCGUAUCCUGACCCACGAGGCAGGAAUCUCUGACAUUGUGGUGUUACAGGCAGCCCUGCUCCAUGACACGGUGGAGGACACAGACACCACCCUGGAUGAGGUGGAGCUGCACUUCGGGGCACAAGUGCGGCGUCUGGUGGAGGAGGUAACAGAUGACAAGACUCUGCCCAAGCUGGAGAGAAAGCGGCUGCAGGUGGAGCAGGCACCCCACAGCAGCCCCGGGGCUAAACUGGUGAAGCUGGCAGACAAACUGUACAAUCUGAGGGACCUGAAUCGCUGCACCCCAGAGGGAUGGUCCGAACACCGAGUCCAGGAAUACUUCGAGUGGGCAGCACAGGUGGUGAAGGGGCUUCAGGGGACAAACCAACAGCUGGAAGACGCUCUAAAGCAGCUGUUUAAGGAGCGGGGGCUGACGCUCUGAGCAGUAUUUGGAGCCAUCCAGUGGCACAGACUCCAUCCUUGCCCAGGCCAGAGAAGAUUCAUACUUCAGCCUUUCGGUGCCUCCCGAGCUUCCUCCCUGGUUCACUCAGCCCAGGUAUUAGAGACCAAAUACACGUGUCCUUUCUCACUCUGAAGAUCUGCCAACUAAGCUGAGCCCCAGAUUGUGGGAUGAUGUGCCCCACCCAUUUCUAAUGCAUUCACUGCCCUUCUCCAGGCCUUGGGUCUGAUUGCAUGGUGGGAUCUCUGGCCCCUCAGGGACUUGGGCUUAUAUAUAAACGCUAGUUCAAAAGUCAUUAUGCAAAAUAAAACAUUUGGA